AUGUCUCGAAACAGUCUUUUACCCCCGCACGUCGACCCCGUUGUCUUUCAAGUGGGCGAUGCGCUGCUCGGAAUCGGCGGACUUGGCUACACCAUAUGCUACGGCCUCAUAGCCCGGCAAUCGAUUCGUGACAAGACGUACACGAUGCCGCUGUUCUCGCUCGCCUUCAACUUUGCGUGGGAGAUUGUCUUUGCGGUAUUCGUGGCCGAGGAGGCUGAGAGUAGGGCCAUCUUCGCUUUGUGGAUGCUGAUUGAUAUCACACUCGUCUACACAACCAUCAAGUACGGUGCCUUGGAAUGGAAGCAUGCGCCGGUUGUUGGCAGGAACAUUGGAAAAAUCUUCUUCGUCAUGCUCGCCUGGUGUUGCGUUGGGUUGUACGCUAUCAGCGCAUGGUGGCUUGACCCGGAAAAUCCAGUAAACCCUAAAGUUGGAAAGAUAUAUCGUGGCACAAAGGGCGUUGAUGUGAAUGAGCUUGGGUUCUGGACUUCUCUGGUGGUGCAGGUUGUAUUGAGCGUCAUGCAUGUCCUAGCUAUUACAGGGGAGGAGAGAAAGUAA